UGUUGAAGUCAAAGUGGAGGGGUUUCUUUUACAGCACAUGCUUUCAUUGCUUCCACAUUCCGACCUGCCAAAUUUCCCGACCGUUGGAAGAAGCAAAGAUUUGGCAAGAGUGCACCAUCGAAUUUGGGCUCAACACACGGCAUUGUGUUGCUUUCUGUCAUUUGUUGUUGUGGUCUGAGGCAAGAUGAUGAGGAAUACUGUGGCGAGUCUGUUGUUGUACCUGUGCUUGUCCAUUUUUGCGGAUGUAGGGCACUCCGAGAGUGAAAUUGGGGAGUUUUUCGAGGAGUGUGGUUUCUAUCAGUCUCUGAGAACAACUGCAGAUUCCCCAAUACGGAAGCUGCGAUCGAAAUACCAAGACAUUGAAAUUCAUCGGUCAAAGCACUAUGGAAAUAUCUUGGUUCUGGAUGGUGUAUUACAGCUGACCGAGCGUGACGCAAAUGCCUAUAAUGAAAUGCUGGCUCAUGUACCUCUGUUCCAACACAACAAUCCCAAGAGAGUACUAAUAUUGGGAGGAGGCGACGGAUAUGUCUUGAGUGAAGUUCUGAAACAUGAGAGUGUUGAGCAGGUGGACCACUGCGAUCUGGAUGACAAGGUGAUCGAAACAUGCAAGGAGUUUUUCCCUUGGGGCAAGGCUUGGGAAGACCCUCGAGUCAAGCUGUAUGUGGCGGAUGGGGCUGCAUUUGCUCGAGAUGCCCUAGCUGAAUCUUAUGAUGUUAUCAUUCAAGACUCCUCAGACCCCUGGACUGUAAAUGCUGAAGGGGAAAUCGUUCCUUUGCCUUCUAGUGCACUGUAUGAAAAGGCGCAUUUCCACAAUCUACAUCGAAUUUUGAAACCUGAAGGUAUCUUGAACUUUCAGGCGGAAACAUUCACGCUUCCUUCGGACCUGGAGGGUAUUGUGAAUUGGCGGCAACAAGCUCUGGAGACUGGAUUUCCAUCGGCAACGUAUGGGUCACUCUACAUUAGUUCCUACCCCACCGGGCAAAUUGGAUUCUUAUUGUGUGAAAAAUCACCAGGAGUUGCCACAAUGAAAAGUGAGAUACAGCGUCGGUUCCAGCAAAUGGAACAAGCAGGUCAGGGCACAUCCUAUUAUCAUCCUCGGCUACAGCAGAGCUCCUUUGACUUGCCCCUAUGGGUCCACAGAACAAUCUACGGAUCAGACAGUCUCGAUUCUGUUUGCCCCGAUGUGUCAGAAGCCGGAGAUGAACAGUCCUCGUCAUAGAGCCAUUGCUGCUCCUGAAGGAAGGCACACCAGUCUUGUGCUGUGAUUGCCCAUGGUUGUAGCUUGGCGAUCUACGGUGUAGCUAGUGCUUUUUGCCGCAGUUGUUCAGCGUGUAGCUUUGUCUUUAUUUUUACAGCAUCGUUGUGCAUCUGG